GAGGCAUGAAGCUGAGCAAAGCCCAGUAUGGGGAGAUUGCCCAGUUCCUGGCUCAAGCGCCCCCAACUAGACAGAGCCUCGGGAGACUGAAGGGCAGGUUCCCCGGUCAAUCGCAGUCCACUCUGCUGAGCAUCUUCUCCCAGGAGUACCAGAAACAAAUCAAAAGAAAACAUGCCAAACAUCAUACUCCAGAGGUAACUGAUGCUUAUUAUCAAAGGUACUUGAAUGGAGUGAGCAAAAAUGCAGCUUCUCCUGUAUUAUUGGAACUGGCUAAUGAGGUGGAUUUUGCUCCAUCAUUGAUGGCUCGAAUUGUGUUGGAAAGAUUUCUACAAGAGCAAGAUGGAUUAACUCCUUCCAAAACUCUUAUAAACAGUAUGCUGCGGGACCCUUCUCAGAUUCCAGAUGGAGUUCUAGCAAACCAGGUCUAUCAGUGUACGGUGAAUGACUAUUGUUAUGGACCACUGGUGGACUGCAUCAAACACGCUAUUGGACAUGAACAUGAAGUCUUACUACAAGAAAUGCUUUUGGACAAAAAUAUAUCUUUCUUAACUGAAGAUCAGCUUCGUGCAAAGGGUUAUGACAAAACACCAGACUUCAUAUUAGAAGUGCCAGUUGCUGUAGAAGGACAUAUUAUUCAUUGGAUCGAAAGCAAGGCCUCAUUUGGUGAUGAAAGCAGCCACCAGGCCUACCUUCAUGACCAGUUCUGGAGCUACUGGAACAGAUUUGGUCCUGGACUAGUUAUCUAUUGGUAUGGAUUUAUCGAGGAGUUGGAUUGUCAUCGCAAUCGGGGUAUCCUGCUCAAAGAUAGCUUCCCUACAGACAUAGUUACUCUUUGAAACAUCAUGGCUGAGCAACAAGGGGGGAGAAAAGCCGAGAAGAAAAGGCAAAUCCAGAAGCAGUGUGACUUCCCUGCAGUAUAAACUAUUGGCAACAUCUUCCCUGACCUUCAGUUGAACUUUCCUUGCCCAGGAGCAUACUACUACCACUUUAGACAAACACAUGAAGGGUUUCUGUUUUACCUCAACCCUCUGCUGAUGCAAGCAGCCAAAAAAUACAGACACAGCCCAAACACUAUCAGCAUUUCUGUCUCUGUCAAACAGUUUAUAGAUAGCCAUAAUCUUUCUUCCUUCCGGAUGGCUUCUCCUUGCACUUUGAACAAAAGAAGAAAUGUGGAGGCUAAGAGGUGUGGCUUUCAGUUUUCCUCUCUGAUGUGAAGUCACCUUUAAAAAAUGCCUUCUGUCGUACAAAACCUUCUUCUGGUAAAUGUUAAUAUCCAGCCCAACACUCAAAUAAGAAAAUUAGUUAAUACUACAUUUCUGUUCUUAAUGAGUAUACUGUGCAGAUCUCAAACAGCUCACUCAGGAGUAGAAAAUUAUGUCAUCUGGCAAUGCACUGUUUUAAGUCUGAAAUUCCUGGCAUUGGGCGCACAAAGCCAGACAAUUGACACUUUUAAUGCAAUUUUAAUGACUAGCAUAAGUUACUUCAUUUUGUGUUGUUAGAAGCAAAAUCAUAUAAUGGGAGAAACAUUUUUUUCUUUUCAAAAAACUCAUAUCAGACUUGAAAUUAAAACUCAAAAAUGUUUAUAGUGU